AUGGUUGCUAUAUUCUGGACCCUUGCAGGAUGCAUGUCUGCGGCCGUCCUCGCCUCGCGUGCGGAUGUCCUCCAAGAACACAACAUUCCGCUCAACCUCGCUCUCGACAUUGCCCAAGAUGCGGUCAAGGCCUGCGCAAAGGACCAUUACAGCGUAUCAGCAGCUGUAGUGGACAGGGAGGGUGUCCUUCGCGCCCUUCUUCGGGCGGACAACGCGGCGAUUCACACGCCGGAGGCGGCUCGGCGGAAGGCAUACACGGCCGCCUCCGCACGAACGGCCACCAGCGCAAUGGUGAAGAACAUUCAGAAUCCUGGCGCGGCUCAGCUUGUCGGAAUUGACGACUUCCUCAUUCUCGCCGGUGGUUUGCCAAUCAAGCUCGGCAAUGAGACCAUCGGUGCAAUCGGUGUCGGUGGUGCUCCGGGCGGGGAUCUGGAUGAAGCCUGCGCUAUGGUCGCCCUGGAGAAAGCGGGAAAGAAGCUGGCGUAA